GCGCGAGUUAGAGGCCGCGUCGGCCUCGGUCUUUUAGUGUCGACCCGCUCCUCUGUUCGGUUUCAUUGUACCAUAGCGUGGGAGAGCCGCUCCUGAGGUUGCGAUCGGGGAUUCUUUUCAUCUCCUCGAACGCGUUCCGUCUUUUCGUUUCUUUCCCUUUCUUUCCCUUUCUUUUCUUUUCUUUUCUUUUUUCUUUUCUUUUCUUUUCUUUUCUUUUCUUUUCUUACGUUCUUCUUCUCUUCUUCUCUCUUUUCUCGUCCCUUUGAUUUGUUUCGUAUCGUUUGAUUCGUCCGAAAAGUAACAUUGAACAUGGCCCGACGCAUCGCAUAGCCGGACCACGAGGUUUAUCCUUUGGAAAGGAGCUCGCCGGCGUUCGAUGAUACACAUGUUUAUCGUCGGGUAUCCUCGAGAAGGGUUCGCCGCUAGAUCGGUUCGAGCAUGGGAAAGGUUUCCCCGGCGACUGGCGAUCGCGAGGAGUAACGAGUGGUUCGGAUGGAGUUCCGGUCGCUGCUCUUGAUCGUCGAAUCGCGGAUCUAAUCGUUGAUUUUCGCGAAACCGAGAAGAAUAUGGCCGACACAAAUGUCCCGCGACGCGAGACGUCGAGCCGCGAAGGGAAGGAGCCGAGGCGGAGGAACACCGCGCAGAGCAGAUGGCGUAUCUUAGCGAAGACGUUGAUCGGUUCGCGAGGAUCGGUGUUCACGGACGGAGAGGAGGACGUGUCUGUUCGCCGUUUCACCAGCUUCGGCCUGCUCGCGACCGUCCGGCUGGAGAACGCGUCUGAAGACUCGAGCUCCGCGUGGUACGAGUACUCGGCCAUUUUGGAGAACAAGACGUUCGAGGUGCAGAUCCGUUGGAUAAAGAAGAGUUUCACGGCGAACGAACUGAUCGGCUUCAACAACACCGGGAACGUUUGCGUCUGGCCUUCGGAGGAAUGCUUGGCCUAUUAUCUGCUGAAGAACCGCGAGAUCUGUCGGAACCGAAGAGUCCUCGAGCUCGGGGGCGGCAUGAGCUGCUUGGCAGGCGUGAUCGCUGCCAAGUACUGCGGUCCGAGCAGCGUCGCGCUCACGGAUGGCAACGCGACCAGCGUGGAGAACGUUCGUCGCAUCGUCGCUAGGAACGAGAUGGCCGAUUUCGUCGAGUGCCGCGUCCUUCGAUGGAGCAAAGCUGCCAGAGCGAUCAGGGCGGCUAGAUCGGCCCGAGCGUUCCCUUACGCGAACCCCAUGGGCCUUCGAAUCAAGAGCUGGACGACGGGAGACGGCGAGGCAGCGAAUGUCCCGGAGAAAUUGUACGACGUGAUCCUAUGCGCGGACUGUCUGUUCUUCGACGAGGUUCGCUCGGAUCUGGUGGAAACGAUUUUCGGCUGGCUGGCGAACGAUGGCCUAGCUCUGGUAAUGGCGCCCAGGCGCGGCACGACCUUUCAAAAAUUCGCGGAAGCGGCCGCGAAACGAGGCUUUCUAGCGCGACAGAUUGAUCGUUACGACAACAAGGUUUGGUCGAGACAUCUGGAGAUGCUGGACCACAGCCAGGAGUAUUGUCCGGACCUCCAUUACCCGAUCCUCCUGGAACUGACCAAGCAGAAGAGGUUGCCCUCCGGAUGACGAACCUUUCUUUUCGCGCAUUACUUUCGAUACUUCCCUCUGCCGUAUCGCAACGGCCCAUUGUUCGCCUUGUAUUCGAAUGUAUGCGCCAGCUUAGCCAUUUUGUACGCGCGUCUAUAGAUCAUCGACGCUUACGGACUAGCUGUAACGUUUGUGUCACAGUAGUGUACGUUCUGCGAGUACCUGAUUUUAGACUGAUGGCAUUGGCAAACGAAAAUCCGCAGCCUUUGCGAUUAUCGCGCUUGUAAUUUAUCCUUUCCACGAAAUAGGCGAUUCGCGUUAGGAAAACUGCUCGUUACGUUACCUCGCGCGUAUUCUAUCCUCGUGACUGCCAAUGAAAUCCAUCCGUGGUACUAUACGCGUUCGACGACGCGACGUCGAUUACUUAGCUAGCGAAAUAUGCAAGUACUUGGACACCUAUCUUUCAACGGAUCACGCGGCAACCGCAGAGUCUUGCAACGUAAACAACCUCCCGCAAAGAUUAACGCGAAUCCUUAUGUCUUCGCAGGUAGUUACGAGUUAAUCAGCCUUCGCUCGACAAUACCUCAGUAGUUUCCACGAAACCUGUACGAAGCUUGUUCGCUCUGCAAAUCCAUUGUAAAAACCGGUAGCCGCCGAUCGUUGCAAUUGUCAACGCUAAUUCAAUUUACACGUUUACACCGCACGAUUGUACCGCUAUCAAGAUGACCCGACGAAUCGCGGACAGCGAUCCGUCUCGAUCUCUCUUCUGAACAUUUGUCUAGUCGAUAUUCUAAUUCCUCGGGAUCGAUUCGUUUGAACGGUUCAAUUUUCCUUGCAACUUCCGCACCUGCCGUAUUGCCGAAUAAAGUAAAUAACCAAUAAUAUCGUGUAAAAUGUAGAUUAAGAUGAAAGUGUCGAGGGUCCAAGACGCGUCGGUAAAACAACUAUAAGACGCUGUAAGAUUUUUAUCAACAUACGAGCGCUCUAUCUCUCUCUAUCUCUUUCUCUCUCUUUCUCCGUCUGUUUGCUUGCCGUCUGUCUGCCUGUAUGCGCGCGCGCGCAAGUAAGCGAGCGACACUGAUUAUGAACGAGCGUGUGACACUUACUCCAUAACAAUGACGGUUUGUUAGAGGUAUUUGUCGCGAAACGUUAUUCGAAACGUUAUUCGAAACGUUAUUCGAAACAUCGAGGAAAAGUGAAACGCUUAUUCCAACAAAUUCGAAUAGAUACCGCGAAAUCCCGAUCGUUCCAAGAGCGAUUAUUUCUCCGUUGACCCACUUUUCUGUUGUGAAUCGUUCGUUGUUUCUCGUACGUUAGUUUACGCUAGGUAUUUCACGUUUCUCGUUGAAUUUAGCCAAGGAAAGUCGUUGCCAUUAAUGAAAAAAAAAGAAACGGUCGAAUGGUUGAAUUAUUUAGGAACGAUGCCUGUUGUGUACACAGGAUUGCCGCCUGACUUUUUUCUCGGGCGUUUUGUAACUGGUUACGAUCGAUUUUGCGAAUCGCGUAGUUACUUCCAAGGACCAAUUUAGUUAAGUCUAGUCGAGUGUCUAGUCAGUGUUACCAAAUAUCCGUUAUUCUGUUAGCUAGUCUAUAUCUUUGCGGAGAACGUUGCGUAUUCGUAGAUGCGUACAAUAUACGUAAGACGUGUAAGAGAAUGUCACGGUUAAUAAAAUAUUUUCAUCGAACGAAAG